AUGGCAGUGUCAAUUCCUCCCAAAUUGCAACAAGCAGCAGUGGUCCAAGACCCGGGGCCCAAUUAUACAAUUUCUCUUUGCGAAGAUUCACCCAUCACAAGUCCCGGUCCAAAUGAGGCUCUCGUCAAAUUGACUUGUUCGGGAAUCUGUCACUCAGAGGUACGCGCCGUCCGUGGUUGGGGCGUUUACAAUCCCAUUAUUGGACACGAGGGCGUUGGUGUCGUGGUAGCAGUCGGUUCAGAUGUCUCCUCUACUCUCAUGGGAGAACGCGUGGGCUUCAAGUGGCUAUACAACGCCUGUCAAGAAUGCUCCGUGUGUCGCAAAGGGUUCUUCCAUCAUUGCUCUAAACAGCAAAAUGUCGGUCGCCACGUUCCUGGGACGCUCCAGCAAUACAGCAUUGCCGACGCACGAUUCCUAACCACGAUCCCCUCGGGUCUGUCAGAUGUAGUUGUUGCGCCAUUACUAUGUGCAGGCCUCACCAUGGCCGGUGCCCUGGCUCAUGUUGACGGUGAACUACAAGCUGGCGACUGGAUUGUCAUAUCAGGGUCCGGUGGCGGACUUGGUCAUCUGGGUGUCCAGAUAGCCUCCCGGGUGAAGAAAUAUCGCGUCAUUGCAAUCGACUCGGGCAGGGAGAAGAGAGAUCUUAGUUUGUCUUCGGGUGCCGAGGUCUUUCUCGACUUUCAAAAUGAAGACGUCGCCAAGCGUGUCUUGGAAUUGACCGAGGAGGGUGCCCAUGCGACCAUCGUUGUCCCGGGUACGAAAGAAGCUCUCCAGAUGGCACCAAGCUUGGUCAGAAAUUUGGGACACAUUAUCUGUGUCGGUUUACCAAAGAACGAUAUAGAGCUGCCAAUUUCAGCGACUCUUUGCGCCGCCAGAGGGCUUACGAUAAGAGGCUCCUCGGUCGGGUCAGAGGCACAGAUGACAGACCUGCUGCAACUCGCCGUCGAAGGAGUCAUUACCCCCGCGGUAGAGGUCUUUUCCUUUUCUGAUACACCAGAGCUCAUUCGGAAGAUUGAGAAGGAUGAGGUACUGGGCAGAGCCGUUGUAAAGAUUCCCUAG